CACCUUCAACUAUGAGCAGACCCUCCUUGAGACCACCACCAGCCUGCUGAACCACGACCUCCACUGGUCCCUUGCCCACCUGCGGGCCAGCGUGACGCGGGGGCUGGUGCCGCGGCAGGACACCUGCAACAUCUGCCUGCUGCAGUACAGGUGGCGCCACGACCCCCCCGAGGAGAUCGUCAUCUUCAGCUGUGGCCACCUGUACCACUGCCAGUGCCUGCAGGCCAAAGACUGUGGGAGUGGCUCCGGCUCGGAGCGACCGCAGCAGUGGAGCUGCUUCAAGUGCUCGUCCAAUCAGGGAGGAAGGGGCGGAGCCAUGGCAGACCAGAGGCGAGCCCGGAGCACCUCUCUAGCCCAGACGAACGUGACCUCAUCGCUCCGAGAGCCCGGCCUGGAGGCUCAUGGGAAAAAGCUGUUCGUGGAGGCGACCCUUGACCCCCAGCAGGCCCAAUCCUGGGACCACCUGCGGUGUUUGUACCACGGGCCGUCGCGGCUGGCGAUCCUCUCGGAGCUCACGCAUUGCCAUGGCAACGAGAAGGCGGGGCUUCUGCAUCCUGCCCCCCAGGGCACAGGAAGUGUGUUCCACAGCGAGGACUUCAAGCUGAAGCUGUCCCCCCCGCCGGCGGUGGAGGAGUAGAGUGGGGCUCUGAGGGGCUCCAGUGUUCAGCUCCCUGCUGCAUGGAGCCGUCAGGAAACAACCCAACCAAAACGUUAGAUGGAAAACAAUCCAAGAUCAGGGAAUGUGAUGUGACCUAAACGUGGUCGGUCCGACUAUGAAACGGCUUCGCUUGAGGUCCAGAAUACUUUGCAGCCUUUGUCGAUUCGGAGGGCAGCCAGAGAGCCAGGACAAACCACUAGAACUAAAACCAGUACGACCAGUACAUACAAUCCUACUGCUCUUACACAAAGAGUUAUAGCAGUGCACAGAAUACUUCUCCCUGUACACAUACAGUAGUAGAAGUACACAUAGUACUGGCAGUACAUAGAAUACAUCUCCCUUUAUACGCUCAGUAGUUCAAGCAGUACACAGACUUACAGCAGUACACAUAAUACUUCUCCCUGUAUACAUACAGUAGUACUAGCCCUACACAGAGUAUGAGUAGUACAGAGAAUACGUCUCCUGUACACACAGUAGUACUAGCAGUAAUCAGCAGUGUGGUGGGAUGGUUCACCAGCUGAUGAACUAGUCACUCUGCUCAUGUAUAAAUAACCCAUGGAUGACCCUGUCUGGUUCAGAGGGAGAGAGAUUUUUUUCGAGUUUUUGUACUCAAUGAGUGCAUUUGUUGAUGAAAAACAACUUGUUCGGAACACUAAAGUGUUUUAUUGUUGAUAGAUGUUUUUCUGUGUCAUGUAUCAGCAUCUGCAGAUAACAUGGAAAAGACUUAAUGAUUCUUAUUUACUUAAUACUUAAAAAUCUGUAAAAAGGGAUUAUUAAAUAAAAUAUCAUUAAAAAUAUCAUUGGUUUAAUAUGUUUUCGUUAUUGUUCAAGUUCACUAGUUCAUUUCAGAUUUUGUAAAUAAUAUUUAGUACUAUGCUUGGCAUCUCCACUUGUUUUACCGUUAUCAGCCAAUAAACCUGAA